UGAAGUGAAAGCAUACGCCCCACAUGUUAAGAUAGAAUUAACAACUGAUGGCCACAAAUCAGUGGAGAAGUGGUUGAGAGAGGAACAAUCGGACACCAUAAGGCAUUAUUUUGAUGUGUGGCAUGUUGCUAAAGGACUGAGGAAAAGACUCAAGCCCAUAACCAUGAACAGGCGGUUUCAGCUGGUCAACAAAUGGCUGAAAAGUAUUAUCAAUCACUUGUACUGGUGUGCCAUGACCAGCAAUAACGACCAAUCAUUGAUCUUGGCCAAGUGGAGAUCAAUAGUGAACCAUAUAGCCGGCGUCCACACGCACGAAGAAAACGAACUGUUCCCCAAGUGUAUCCACAGUCGUAUUCGAAGGCAGUGGUUUAAGAAAGGAACAGAAGAAUACGACAAGGUGUGUGCUCUGCUUCUCAACAAGAACCUUCUACAUUCAAUCUCAAAGCUCAGCUCGGAUGGCCAGACAUCUGGUUUGGAGGGAUACCAUAGCAGCCUUCUACACUUCGCCCCAAAGAUGUACCAUUUCGGAUACAAUGGGAUGAAAAGCAGGCUAGAGAUUGCUGCGUUGCAUUUCAAUGAGAAUGCUGGGAGGAAGCAGCACCAGAAUAAGGAUGGCCAACUUCGGUUUUCUGUUCGUCAUCCAAAGAACCGAUAUGGAAAUCAUAUUGUGACGUCAAGAUCAGGGGCACCGACAUUUGGUUAUGUUGAUAAGUUUGAGGAGGAAGUCAAGAGGCUGGUUUUGACUGGGCAUGACUACACGAUUGACAAGGGAGACACUCCUGCACCUCUUUGUUCACGGUUUGAAAGGCCACCCAAAGAAGAAGCCAUCAAGAUGCAGCAAAAUGCCCAUGCACAACGCUUCAAGAAAAAUUAACAGGACAUUAAACUGUUAAUGUGGUCAGUCUUCCACCUAUCAUCCUGCGCAUUGGAUGUUGUUCGCUGCUCCAUAUUAAUCAACAUAAAGCGGCAGCCUCAUAAUUUUUGGAAAUAUUAUCCAGCUACUUUUUCCGCUCCGACUGUGUAGAAGGGAGGGGUUGAGCU